AGUUGUGUUCGUGCAGAACUCCUCUGUAGACGGAAGAGAAAUACGAUGCAGGUAACCGUAUAAUUUCUGUAAGUUGAGAAGUUAUUCGUUUUCGAAAGAGAAAAUUCGUCAAAGAUGUCGGAGGGAACGUUAUGGAAUUACAGCUGUUCAGACAAAGGGCUUUUCCUGCCUCUGAUCAAUGAAUUUACUUGGUCUCGUGAAGCCCGCGCCUUUCUCUACUUUACAGGACUUAUUUACUGUUUCCUAGGCGUUGCUAUCAUUGCAGACAUUUUUAUGUGUGCCAUUGAAAAGAUAACCAGCAAGACCAGGAAACUGGUACUUUCUUCUACAACAAGUACUGAGCCAGAAGUGAUUGAAAUCCGAGUGUGGAACGACACUGUUGCCAAUCUUACUCUUAUGGCUUUAGGAUCCAGUGCACCAGAGAUCUUGUUAUCGAUUAUCGAGAUUGUCGGUAAUGGGUUUAAAUCUGGAGAGCUGGGUCCUGGUACCAUAGUAGGAUCUGCAGCCUUUAACUUACUGGUGAUAUCAGCUGUCUGUAUCAUUUCUCUGCCUUCUCAGGAAACUCGCAGAAUUCGUCUCAUAAAGGUAUUUGCUAUCACCUCGUUUUUUUCAGUGUUUGCAUAUAUCUGGUUGUUGAUAAUCUUGGUUGCAGUUUCCCCAAACGUAGUGGAAUUGUGGGAAGCUUUGAUAACAUUCCUUUAUUUCCCUGUUCUUGUUGUGCUUGCUUACGCUGCAGACAGAAACUUCUUCAGGGGGGAUAAGAUGAAACGAGAAAAGCAACUGGAGCUGGAAUCCACAGAAGACUCACAGAAAGAGCAUUUUCUAGAUGGGCAUGUUGAUAAAGACAGUUUGACUAAGUACCUCAAGGAAGUCCGUAAAAAUCCCGAGCUAACUGAUGAAGAUGCAGCUGCUGUAGCUGCUGCUAGAUUGAUGGAAGAGAAAGAACAUUCUCGAAUGUGGUAUCGGGUUGGAGCGAUUCGUGCCAUAACAGGAGCAAAAAAGCCUAAACCCCAACUUAAUGAGAAAAUACGCCAGAAAUGUGAAGAAAUGGUGCGCGAACUGAUGGCAUUGAAAGAGGAAGAAGCCACACAAUCCAAGGCUUACCAGCAAAUUUUGGAAAAAGAAAAAGGUCUCCCUCAGAAGACUUUGAGUUUGGAGGAACGUCAAGAAGUGGCCAUCAUUGAGUUCAAUGCCUCUACGUGUGCUGUAAUGGAAAACGUAGGCCAAGUCGCUGUCACUGUUAAACGGCACGGAAUAACAUCCUCUCAAGUUUCUUGCAGGGUAGAAACAAUUGAUGGAACAGCUGAGGCAGAAGAAGAUUACGUUGCACUUAAGGAGAUUCUGACGUUUGAACCAGGGCAGACACAGAGAAAAGUGUUUGUUCAGAUUAUUAACGAUAAUCAGUGGGAACCAGACGAAACCUUCUUCCUGAAACUUUCUCUUGAUGAAGGAAGUAGCGGAGAAGUUGCGUUAGGUCGCACCUCUGUCAUGGAAAUUACAAUACUUAAUGAUGAUGAACCGGGAAUUUUGCAGUUCAAGAGGCGUGGUAUACUGGUCAAAGAAAAUGUGGGCACAGCAUAUGUUCCAGUAAUCAGAAAAAACGGUGCAGAUGGAAUUGUUUCUACCAGAUGGAGAACAAUUGAUAAAAGUGCGAUCAGUGGACGAGACUACCGCGGUGGAGAAGGUGAACUGAUCUUUGAUCAUGGGGAGGUCGAAAAAAACUUGGAAAUUGACAUCAUAGAUGACAUUAAUCCAGAGAAAGACGAACAUUUUGAAAUAGAGCUCUUUCAGCCGUCAGGUGGCGCUCUGAUCGGUCAGGUUAACCGAACAACUGUGACAAUAACAAACGAUGAUAAUUUCAACAGCAUCAUGGACCGCUUGGUGGUGCUGACAAACGUUAACGUGGACUCAUUGAAACUUCACUCCGAGACGUGGGCUGGUCAACUCAAGGAUGCCGUUAACGUUAAUGGAGGCGAUCUGGAAAAUGCCACUCGAAUUGACUAUGUUCUACAUUUUCUAACCUUUGGCUGGAAGGUUUUCUUCUCUUUAGUGCCUCCAACUGGUUUCCUUGGAGGUUGGGUGACAUUUUUCGUAUCCCUUGGAGUAAUAGGUGCUCUUACAGCUAUCGUGGGUGACCUAGCUAGCAUUUUUGGUUGUUUGGUGGGACUGAAAGAUACCGUGACAGCUAUUACUUUCGUUGCCUUAGGGACAUCUCUGCCAGACCUCUUCGCCUCACGUACGGCGGCCAAACAAGAAAAGUAUGCCGACAAUGCUAUUGGAAAUGUCACGGGUAGUAACUCUGUUAAUGUCUUCCUCGGACUGGGGCUGCCGUGGCUGAUCGCUGCUGCUUACUGGGGGUCAAAGGAUGUCCAGUUUGCAGUUUCUGCUGGAUCUCUGAGUUUCAGCGUGGGUUUGUACUCCGCGGCUUCAAUAAUCUGUAUCAUAAUCCUGAUGAGCAGAAGACUCGCACGUGUGUUUGGAAAAGGAGAAUUGGGUGGACCGUCCAAUAUGGCGUGGAGUACAUUUGCAGUUUUGGUUAUCAUGUGGUUCUUGUAUGUUCUCUUAUCAUCAUUGCAAGCAUAUGGUCACCUAUUUUAAGAAUAUUCAAAAUAAACUGAAUGCGUACAUACAAUCAAAUUUAAUUUUAAAUUUGAAAAGAAAAAUCAUAUUUCAACGCUCUUUAAAUAUUUUUACUGUAUAAAAUACUAGUUAUGAUAUAUCAACACUAGAAUGAAGCUGUUUUAAUGAUUGUCAGUAACUUUUACAUUUACUGGCCGAAACUAUGUCGUCUCAAUCAAUAUGGGUUACUCUGAAUAGUGACCGUCAAACAUGUUUCUGCACAGUUCCCUCUUGAAUGAAAGAAAAUAAACAUGAAAAGAACAUACGGAAAAUAAGAUAAUACCCUUUAAUUUUUUUUUCUGUAUAAAAUAUAUAAAAUUUGUGAGUGGUUAUGGAUUACUCUAAAUUUCAAUCUGUAAAACUGGACACUGGUGGGAUCAAAUCUUAUGUUGUAAGUUACUAAAAUGGCUAAACUGGCCAGACAUGAUCCAGGCUUUAAUAAGUAAAGCGUUGAUAUAUAUUAUCAUAAUAAGACCGAUAAUAUUAUAACUAACAUACAUUUUCUAUUAACAGAAAUAGAAACUGUUUUAACAUCUCACUUUUGGAUUUUGAUGAUAGUUUUCUGACUAAUAAAUUUUCGUAGAGAACUAGUGCUCUAGUGUUAAUAUUACAAAUGUUUUCUAUCAAAGAGGAAAAGUACUUAAGUAUAUGUAUCGUGUUAAAUUAUAGAUGAAUAUCAAGCAGUGUUUGCUAGAAGAAGUAAAUAUAAGCGUUUUGUUAAACAGAUUAAAAGAGGAA